GCAGGUGCAUCCGCAUUCCGUCCAAACGGGCCCCGACAUUUGAUUUCAUUUCUCUUCUCUUCUAACCCUUCUCUAUUCAGCAAUGGCUCUCCAAUGACCACGUUCAUCAACUCGCCGAGUCCACUCACCGCAAAGCCCCAUCCUCUGAUCUGCAAAACCCAGUUCAAGAAGACCUUCAUAUCUUCGUGUUCCACAACUCAUGAGCGCUUUUCUCACGAAAUGGUAAAUCAUCUCAAAACCCCAUGUCUCGUUCACCUCCAAAACCACUCUUCUGUAUUGGGUUUUCUUAAUUUCUCUUCAAAACCCCACAUUUCUUCCCAUUUCGCGGUUCCCGCCUCCAGAGAACCUUUUCAGGCAAUAGUCUCCAGGGUCUGCGCCAUCUUGUCCCGGGUUCAAUGGAAGGGAAGCUCGGAGCUGAAGCAGUUGAGUCCACAGCUCAAAGCCCACCAUGUUGCGGAGAUUGUGGCUGUGCAUAAAGAUACAGAAUCGGUGAUACAAUUCUUUUACUGGAUUUCUAAGAGGCCUUUUUACAAACAUAAUAUGAACUGUUUUAUCUCGAUGUUAAAUAGGCUUGUGCGUGAUCGGGUAUUUGCGCCGGCUGAUCAUAUUAGGAUUCUGAUGAUCAAAGCUUGUAGAAAUGAGGAAGAGAUUAGGCGGGUGGCGGAUUUUUUAAAUGACAUCAGUGGGAUGGGUUUUGGGUUUAGUUUGUAUAGUUGUAAUACAUUGUUGAUUCAAUUGGCUAAGUUUGAGAUGGUUGAGGGUGCUCGUAAUUUGUAUAAGCAAAUGCUGAAUAGUGGAAUUCAGCCGAGUUUAUUGACGUUUAAUACACUGAUUAAUAUAUUGUCUAAAAAGGGUAAGGUUCGUGAAGCUGAGUUGAUUUUGAGUCAGAUUUUUCAGUAUGACUUGAGCCCAGAUGUUUUUACAUACACAUCUUUGAUCCUCGGGCAUUGUAGGAAUCGUAACUUGGAUUUGGCAUUUGGGGUUUUUGAUAGAAUGGUGAAGGAGGGUUGUGAUCCAAAUUCAGUUACAUAUUCAACUCUUAUCAAUGGGUUGUGUAAUGAAGGGAGGGUGGAUGAAGCACUGGACAUGCUUGAAGAAAUGAUUGAGAAAGGCAUUGAACCAACAGUUUAUACAUACACUCUGCCUAUUACUGCGUUAUGUGCCAUUGAACAUGAGGAGGAGGCAAUUGAGCUUGUAGCCAGGAUGAAGAAGAGAGGUUGCCGUCCAAAUGUACAGACAUAUACAGCAUUGAUCAGUGGGCUGUCCAGAUUAGGUAAACUUGAGGUUGCAAUUGGGUUAUACCACAAAAUGUUGAAGGAAGGUUUGGUUCCAAACACAGUUACAUAUAAUGCCUUGAUAAAUGAAUUGUGUGUUGGAGGACGAUUCAGUACUGCUCUGAAGAUUUUUCACUGGAUGGAGGGGCAUGGUUCCUUGGCUAAUACCCAAACCUACAAUGAGAUUAUAAAGGGAUUGUGCCUAGGAGGUGAUAUUGAGAAGGCAAUGGUUCUUUUUGAAAAAAUGCUGAAAAUGGGUCCCUUGCCAACAGUGGUAACGUAUAACACACUGAUUAAUGGAUAUCUUACAAAGGGAAAUGUGAACAAUGCUGCAAGGUUAUUGGAUUUAAUGAAGGAGAAUGGAUGUGAACCAGAUGAAUGGACUUAUAAUGAACUUGUUUCAGGUUUUUCCAAGUGGGGAAAAUUGGAGUCUGCUUCUUUUUAUUUCCAGGAAAUGGUGGAAUGUGGUUUGAAUCCAAAUCCAGUCAGCUAUACUGCUUUGAUUGAUGGUCACAGUAAGGACGGGAAGGUAGAUAUUGCUCUGUCAUUGCUCAAGAGAAUGGAGGAAAUGGGUUGUAAUCCAAAUGUUGAAAGUUACAAUGCUGUUAUAAAUGGUUUGUCCAAAGAGAACCAGUUUUCUGAAGCAGAGAAAAUUUGUGAUAAGAUGGCAGAGCAAGGGUUGCUACCAAAUGUCAUUACCUACACGACUUUGAUUGAUGGGCUUUGUAGGAAUGGCAGGACCCAAUUUGCAUUCAAGAUUUUCCAUGAUAUGGGGAAAAGAAAAUGUCUUCCUAAUUUGUACACUUACAGCUCUCUCAUUUAUGGGCUGUGUCAAGAAGGCAAAGCUGAUGAAGCUGAGAUUCUGCUCAAAGAAAUGGAGAGGAAAGGAUUGGCUCCUGAUGAGGUAACAUUUACCUCACUCAUUGAUGGUUUUGUUGUGCUGGGUAGGAUAGAUCAUGCAUUCUUGCUUCUCCGACGGAUGGUUGAUGUGGGCUGCAAACCCAACUAUCGAACUUACAGUGUGUUGUUGAAAGGGUUACAGAAAGAAUGCCUUUUGCUUGAAGAAAAGGUUGCAGUCCAACACGAAGCAGUGUACAGUUUCAGUCCACAUGAGAAGGGUGUCAACUUUGAAAUUGUCUCUAAUCUCUUAGCUAGAAUGUCAGAGAUUGGAUGUGAACCUACUCUUGAUACCUACAGUACUUUAGUUAGUGGUUUGUGUAGGAAAGGCAGAUUUUAUGAGGCAGAGCAGUUAGUUAAGGACAUGAAAGAGAGAGGUUUCUGUCCUGACAGAGAGAUCUAUUACUCUCUAUUAAUUGCUCAUUGUAAGAAUUUAGAAGUGGAUCAUGCUCUAAAAAUCUUCCAUUCUAUUGAUGCUAAAGGCUUUCAGCUUCACUUAUCAAUUUACAGAGCGCUUAUUUGUGCUCUCUGCAAAGCAGGUCAGGUGGAAGAGGCCCAAGCUUUGUUUGAUAACAUGCUUGAAAAGGAAUGGAAUGCAGAUGAGAUUGUUUGGACAGUCUUGGUUGAUGGAUUGCUGAAGGAAGGAGAAUUAGAUCUAUGCAUGAAGCUUCUUCACAUCAUGGAAUCCAAGAAUUUCACUCCAAAUAUACAGACAUAUGUAAUUUUGGGUAGAGAACUGUCUAGGAUUGGCAAAUCCAUAGAAUCAGAGCCACUUGCUGAUAAAUUGAAAGUUCUGAAAGAUAGCAAUUAAGUUCAGGUUUUCUAUUGUAUCCAGACACAAAAAAUGUGUACAUGCUUCCAGAGGACAUAGUCAGCUAAUAAUGGGCCCUGGUAAUCCACUGAUUGGGGUGAGAUUUUCCCACUUGUGGAUAAUUAUUUUUUGAGAUGUAAUCCAUUGCAGCUCCAUCGUCCAAUAAAUGUAGUUUCACCUCACAAAGAAACAAUAUGCUAAUGUUUCCUGGAGCCUCACGCCAGAAUUACAUUAAAACAGCAGGAAGAAUGAGCUCUCGGUGCACUAGUAGGAGAAGACAAUCAUUAUUGGAUAAAAAUUGGAAGGCAUGAUUUCUAUGAAGCUAAUCAUAGAAAGAAUUGGAAGGCUUGGUUUUAUAUGAAACUAAAAGGCUUAUGUCAUCCAGCUUGCAUGUUGCCAGUGCAUUGGCUUUCAGAUCUUCUUGGUAACUGAAAUGCUAAGGUACACUUUGUAUGACACCAAUAUCGAAAUUAUUUUGCCUUUGAUUACCCCAAUAAAGGUUCAUUCAUGAACUAUACACCAAUUUUAUUGUACUGAAUUUCAUUCUCUUGAUUCAUUUUCACAGUUGCAACUGUAAUCACAACCUCAUAAAUUUUGAACAAAAAUUUACCUGUUUUGAAUUAAGUAAAAUUGAUUUGGCUUUUGCCAGUCUCCCUCCCACAAAUAGUCCAUGAAUCAGACAUCUAUGGAUAACUGAUAAUAGUAAUGGGGUAUGAUCAAUCAUGAUCAUUAAUUGAACAUGACUGAACUCAAUGGAGAAGGUCCAAUUCUACGCAUGCAUUUUGGUAUCACUGUGAAAUUUCUGUUUCAGUAUGAGAAUCAAUGCUCAAGUUUCAUUCAGAAUGAAUCGUGAGGAAGAAAGACUUACUCAUGGCCAAUAGAGUUUGAUAUCUCUUUUCUUAUGUUAGAAGUAAUUAUCCUACAGCUGGGUUGGAGAUUUGUGUCAUUCCUAAACACAAGACUAUUUGCUUUUCUUUGUGAGGAGCUACGCAAGAGUUUAACUUGCUGAAAUAUUUUAUGGAAAUUACCUAUUAAAAACAGAUGCAAAUUGUUCUCCUUCUGAAGCAGUAAGAGAACUGCAUCAGACACCUCUGUGCUUCAAAUCAUAUGCACUGUAUUGUAUAUGAUCUCUCUCUCAUUUCCUUGCAAUGGUCAGGAAAAUAUAUAUGUCAUAUUUUCCUCCUAAUAAUUGAAGUUCUGUUAGAAGUCAUUUUAUGGAAGCUAGUCCACCUUUCAUUUGGCCACCUCAUCAAGGAGGUAUUGAAUCUAUAUAUUGUCAGUUUAAACCUCUCCCACCAUAUAAAAGUUUGUUAGGUCCAUUGUUGGUUCUUUUUCUUGGCAAUGGAAUUUGUUUCCUUGGUUUCGUGACAGAAAUUAUUUCCUUGGUGGUAAAUAUAAUACAGUAGUGACUUCAAAUUGUAACAACUUUAAUAAUGCAUGUGAUUGUCUUCAUCGUGUAAACUUCAAGUUUGUUUGUUUCAAGCUGUUGAAAAUCAACUUUAUUAGGAAAUGACUUCCAUUUAAACAAUGGAAGUUAUGACAGAUACUGUCCUUGAUGAAUAUGCUUAGGUGAUAAUGCAGCUAAUUACAAAUAGAAACUAACAUGGUAAGCCUGCUUUCCGUCAUGUUGGAAAAAGAAAAAAAAACAAGUCAAAAACAAAUUUCUUCCAAUUUUGGUGAAAAGGAAUCCACUAAAAUAAUGCACCGUUUCAUAAAAUUGUGGAAAAGUUUACCCACAAGACCAAUAUGAUAGUUUAUGGUCUUAAACCAUUCUAGUGACCCCACUACUCCUUGAAUUUGUGUCCAGAAUGUGAAAUUCCUACUUUAGGGACUGUAAAUUAAGGUUUGAUGGUGCCUGAAUGCCCUUGCUGGGUUUAAUGGUGUCCACAUCAGCUGCAUUGCUUUUUUAAGGGUGGGUUCACUUGAUGACAUAUCCAUAAUUGUCCUUUGAUUUAGGGAAAGUUUUGAAUGCUAGUGUUGCUCCUCCAUUAGCACCCAACCUCAAACACAAUUAUAGAAUGGUUCCAAGAAACAAAUCAAUGAUGUACUGUCUCACUCUGUGUGCUGUAACUUAGAGAGGAUCGACUUCAAGAACCAGUAGUCUUUGGACACAAUGGUUAGCAGAUUGUGGUAAAUUUUGCACAAAAAAUGCUUCCCACUGGAACACAUCUUGUGAUAGGUAGUGAAAAGCCUUAUCAGUGUUGUGAUGUUGUCCGUAGGUAAGAUUGAUCUUGAACUCAAACCUAUCAAACUAGCUAUCUAUUUAUAUCUAUUUAUUUUGAUAGGUCAGAUUGUAUGGUAAACUAGCACUUUCCUAAGGUAGAGCUGUCAGUGUUGUAUCGAACUCUGGGGGUCCUAGACAUGUUGAAUGAUGUAAUUAUAACCAUUUGGAUAUUUGAAGUGGGGUCAAAACAAAAUUUCUGACUCUGAGGAAAGCAAAGAUAGAAGUUAUGUUGAUAUGCAGAAAGGUAGGAUCCUAUGAAAGUAAUGGGUUUAAAAGGCAGAAUGAGCACAUGGGUAGGACUCCUAUCUCUGUGUAAUGUAUAGAUGAAGAGGGGCCAUGUUGGUGUCUUUCCUCUCUCUUUCCUUCACAAGGUUCCAAUCACAACAUCAAUCUCCAGAAAUAUUCCUUCUAAUCCUUUGUCUUUUAUCGACACCUGCUUCUCUCCAAUCCCAACUCCAUUGAAAAAUAGGAAUAGAAGCAGAUAAAAGAAAUAAUAUCCCUUCAGAUCCUUCCAAAACAGCUUCCAUCUUCUCCCAAGCCAACAGGGUUUUAAAGACCAGCCAACACAACAUCACCUAACCUUUUAUUCCCUUUAAGACAUCCUUCCAAAUGCUACUCUCCACCCUCCUUUGGCCUUUAUCUCCCACCCUCUUUCUAUCUUAAAAGGUCCUUUUGCCUUCACAUCCACCAACCCGUAUCUUUACUAUUAGUCUUUAACAGCCUUUCCUCUUGGAUUUUGCUCCUCAGCAGCCGAUUCUCCAAGCUAUUAUAUCACCCAGAAUGAAUUAGAGAGCAUCAUAGUGUAUAAACUAAUGCUUAGCAGAAACCCUGUCUUCUCCUAUAUAUAUACAUGAACCUCUUAGUUCCCAUCAAUAUUCCCCGUGAUUGAGCUCUCAAAUGGGUAGGCAGGGUAGUGACCCGACCAUGGUUAGCUCCUCCAUCGCUCUCCUCCAAGAGAGGUUCAGGCAGUUGCAGAGGGUGAAGGAGAGACGUGAGGAAAAAGAGCUGCUAAAGCUUUUCUCAGAGUCUGAAAGGAUCGCUCCAGCCAUGCUUUUGGAUUCAGGCAAGCUGUUGUCCGGCCAACCUGAGACCAUCCGGCCAUGUAGGCAACCUGUCAAUCAAGAUUUCCUCUCUCUUGGACCCAACUCGAAUCAGAAGGUCAAGUGUGCUGAUUCCCGAUCCAUCAAGAAGACGACCCCGCGGUCGUCAAGCUUGUGGCCGGUGGAACCAAACUUUGUCAGCCCAUCAAAUAGUUUUGAUAGUUCAGACGUGGAUACUUCUCUUCAUCUGUAGGAAAAUUUUUCUUUCCUUCUCUUUGCUUUCUUUUUGGUUUUGUAAGUAUGAGCAAGGAGCAAUGUAAUUAAUCUUUCUCGUGAUCGACUUCAUAUGUUUUCUCGUCA